AUGCUCCUGCGCCCGGCCUUGCGCACGCCGCCCCAAUCCGACUCCCCGCUGCUCUUCCCGCGCGUGGUGUUUCGGUCCUGCGACCAGACGCACUAUUUCAAUUGCCCCUACCAGCUGGGCAGUGGCAACGCACCUGUGGAGGCUCCGGACUUCAUCCGCGUGCGGGUGCGGAUCGGCGAUCUGGUGGUGGCCGCCACUGAUGGUGUCUUCGACAAUUUGUUCGAUCACCAGGUUCAAGCCAUUGUGGCGCAACAGCUCGGGAAAGCUUGGAGUCAAGGCGCACCUGUCACGCCGCACUUGAACGGUUUGGCGACGAGCAUCGCCAAACAGGCUCAACGAAUCGGUCAACAGGAAGAUCAUAAGGACAUCAUCACACCCUUCGCGUUGGCAGCCCACUCGGAGGGCUUGUCCUUCCGCGGGGGUAAGUUGGACGACACGACAGUGGUGGUUGGCCUUGUUUCUUGGCGAGGGCGGGAACGAGGACGGGGGGAAGGGGGCAUGACGAAGCUGCUUUGUUUCCCAUGGCCGCCAGAGCCCAAAACUGCAUGUCCAGACAGCUUCACGUAG